AUGAAGAAGGUGAAGCCUAACAACCAAAUCGCCCGGAAGGCAGCUUGCGCCAGCGGGCUGCUCCUAGUCGCCGUCUUCACCGCAUGGAACUACUCGUCGCUGAGCACUGAGCGGCUCAUCGACGCCGCCCCAGCCUCCUCCGCUGCUGCCACGGCGAGGUCAUCCGGCGCGACCAGCAAAGCCACCAGCGGCGACGCGGCGUCGUGCGACGUGGCUCGGGGCGAGUGGGUGCCCGACUCUGCCGGGCCAUACUACACGAACGCGACGUGCCCGCUGAUCGACGGGCGGCAGGACUGCAUGAAGUACGGCAAGCCGGGGAUGGAGUCCAUCCUCGGGUGGCGGUGGCAGCCCCACGGCUGCGACCUCCCUCGCUUCGACGCCGCCGCCUUCCUCCGGCUCGUCCGCGGCAAGUCCAUGGCCUUCGUCGGGGACUCGGUCGCGCGCAACCACAUGCAGUCCCUCAUGUGCCUCCUCGCCAAGGUGGAGUACCCGAGGGAGGUGGAGCCGAAAGACUGCGUGCACUGCACGCGCAAGUACCACUACCGUGAUCACGACUUCACGGUGUGCGUGUUCUGGACGCCGUUCCUGGUGCGGUGGAACCUGACGCGCGCGGGCGGGCAGCAGUUCAUGGACCCGCACAACGUGUACCUGGACGAGGCGGACCCGGAGUGGAGCGGCGACGUCGCCGGCUACGACUACGUGGUGCUCAACGGCGCCAAGUGGUUCACGCGCCCCGCCGUGCUCUACGAGGGCGGCCGCCUCCUCGGCUGCGCCAACGUGGACGGCUGCGAGGCUGCGCACAACGCCACCGACGUGGCCCCGGACUACGCGGUGCGCGUGUCGUUCCGGACCGCGCUCCGUGCGCUGGGGAGGUUCCGCGGCAGGGUGGUGGUCCGGACGGUGGCGCCGCCGCACUACGAAAACGGCAAGUGGUACGACGGCGGGAACUGCGUGCGGACGCGGCCCGUGCGGAGCGACGAGACGAGCCUGCCGGAGACCGAGGCCGCGUUCCACGCCGCGCAGGUGGAGGAGUUCCGGGCCGCGGCGGCGGCAGAGCCGGCGGCGAGGUUCGUGCUGAUGGACGUGAGCGAGAUGAUGCAGAUGAGGGGCGACGGACACCCUGGGCAGUACGGGCACUGGCCGCACGAGAAGGUCGGCUUCGGCAUCGACUGCGUGCACUGGUGCUUGCCCGGGCCCGUCGACGCAUGGAAUGAGCUUCUGCUCCAUUUGCUUCUGAGUGAUUAA